AUGAAAAUCGAUAAGCGCACUGACGAUGCCGACGACGACGGCUGUUACGAGUACAUGCGUCUGACACACACAUUGGCAGUAUGCUGUGGACUACCCAUCACUCGCAGACGAACCGGCGGCGUCGGCGAACGCUGCGAUAGAGACUCAGAUGAAGUUGGAGCUAAGCCGGAACUCGGGCCAUUAUACCAAAACUGCCCAAUAUCGGCGAAACCUAUAACGUUACUGAUUAGUAAUUUAUUAUCGUCGGUUUUUGAGCCCGCAGGACACAAGUACGCGUUCGACUGGCGCAUCUUGCCCUUGUGGCUGGCGUUCACGGCGCUGGACUUGUCCAUCAUAUACUACAACUACUUGGAAGCUUCCAGUUACGUCGGCGCGUCGUUCCGGAAGUGUUUCGAGGAGUCGUACUGCUUCGCCGUCAUCGAGCUGGCCAACCGGAACCUGGGCCCGUUCUCUGCGUUGGUCUGCGCCAUGUUCUACGGGCGCCGGCACAAAGCGGCCGCGCUCGCCGGCACGGAGCGCGUGCUGGCGUUCAUCCGGGACACGGAUCGGGACACAGGCCCGGACAAGACCGUGCCGCUAUCGUGGGCUGCCAAGUACUACUCGGCCGCCAUGAUGUUCGCGUACACGGUGUUCAUAUGGAUGUACACGGCGGCCGUACCGGCGGUCGUCAUAUUAUUUUACAGCAUAAAUGCGGUGGGCCAGACAGCCAUCUACAACCUGGCCACGUUCCAGUACCACGUGCUGGGCUGCGGUUACGCGCGCAUCGAUCACCUGCUGGAGGCGGACGCGGUGGGCCGCCGGGCACGCCGGACGCUGGCCGCGCGCGUGGCCCGCCUGUCCCGGAUGGCCGACGACUUUGGCCGACAGGUGAGCCACCUCAACCGGGCGUACACGAUGAUCCUGUUUAUGAAAUGGCCGUACAGCGUGGUCCGCAUCAUCAUGGUCGUGUUCCGCAUCAUCGAAAUGUCGGCCGCCGUGCAAAGCAACGGGCCGUUCGCUCGCAUAGCCGUCGUACUCAUCGUCGAACACGUGGGCGAGAUAUUCCUGUUCCUGGUGCAACUGUCGUAUUUCUGCUACACGGGCGCCCGCUUGUCCAGUCAGGCACGUGUGUAUACGCCCGACGAUGACAAUAAUAUUAUUAUAUUAUACCUAAUAUUAUAGUUAUAAUUUUGUUCUUUAUCAUAUUAUAACCUCAU